UCGUAGAGCAUCCAUGGUGCUAGCUAGGAAAUUUUCUGAAAGGAAAUCACAAAAAGACGUACACGAAGAUGAAGAAACCAGUGUUACACCCGUACCUUCCCAAAUAUCAAGCGAACCGAUCCGGCCAAGUAAAGCACGAUUAAAACGAAGCGACAUAAAAGUAUCUACCGUGACUUUCGAGGAAAGACUUAGCAAAGUAGAAGUGAAACCCCCUGCGCACGAUGGAGAACGAAGAAGUUCGAUCGAUCAAAGCAAACACGAUGUCUUAACGUAUUUGGAUAAAUUGGUUAGCAGCGUUGAAUGGACAUUAGAUCGUAUCGAAGGAGACCUUUUAUUAACCAUGCCAGAUAUUCCGGAGCUCCAAGACCCGAACGUCACCGAUGAGAUGCUCGAGAAGAAUAAAGAAGUGAUCGAACACCUCGAGGAGGUGACCAUGUCCUGGGGUGUACACAUACAAAAGGUCCUGGAAUCGUUCCAUUCGAAAGAGCCUCAAGGAAGAGGACCAUUAGCGGAGAUCGAUUACUGGCAGGAUCGAGAAGUCGGGUUACUGAUGCUGGUGGAACAAUUAAAAACCCCGAUUGCCAAAAGAAUUUUGGAAUUAUUGAAUAAAGUGAUGUCGCCCAUUGCGUCCAACUUUGAAUACUUUUACAGCGAUCUUUGGAGAGACUAUACCGAAGCUAGGGACAAUAAUAAUUUCUUGCAAACUAUUCUGAGACACUUCAAGCUGAUCGCGGAAUCGAAGUCCUUCAAAACAAUCACUCAAUCUAUACCAUCAUUGACGGAAGGAUUAAGAAUGAUUUGGAUACUAUCGCGUUAUUACUGCGCGGAAGAUAAGAUGAUGGAACUUUUGCAGCGAAUCUCGUGGCAGCUGUGCCAAAACGUUAUCAAUAACCUAUCGAUCAAAAAUCUGUUCAAACUGCCACUAGAGGAAAUUAUCGAGAGGACAGCGUGCGCCAGCACUAUGAUGAAAAGAUGGAAGCUGUCGUAUCUCGAGUACCGGAAAGAAAUCGAAGAGUCCGGUAAAGGUAAUCGAUGGGAGUUCGAUCAGAAACAAUUGUUUCACGGAACAGAAUACAUCGCAUCCGUCUGCGACGGAUUGAACGAAGUAGCGAACGUGCUUCAAGAUUUUUACAAUAUUUUUGGACCACACUUGAAAGCCAUCAUCAGUGACCCGGCACAAAUCGAUACCGUCAUAAAAAGAGUCGACAGGUUAACUGUGCCCAUUCUGGAGGCAGAUUUUAAUAUUUUCGACGAGUUUAACAGGGACAACUGGGAGGCCACGAUGAUUUGGUUCUACGAGGAAGUUCGGUUCCUUGAGAACGAGGCGAAAUUCUUUAUCGACGAGUGUUUCAUGGUGUUAAUUAGCGCGGAAGAUGCGCUGCAGACGCUUCUUACGUUCAAGGAGGUGAAAACCAGGGAGACUAUUCAUCAGCAACUUCUGAGGAAGUUUGAUGUUAUCAUGCAACAGUUCAGUAAGGAAAUUAGUAUCGUCGAGGGAAUUUUUAAUAGAGGAAAACGAGAUCCACCACUAUUAACAUAUCACCCUCCAAUGGCCGGUGCCAUAUACUGGGUGCGACAAUUAUUCCAGCGACUAAAAACGCCAGCAAUGACCAUGCAAAGCAUUCCAGAACUAAAGCACAGCGACAUAAAGCUGUUAGCGUUCAGUCAGUAUGUCGAUAUUGCCAAACAGAUGCAAGCUUUCGAAGAAUCGAAGUUUCAGACUUGGGCCGACAAGGCUGAGUUUGUAGUAUUGAAUACUAUGAAAAAAAGUAUUUUAAAAAUGAUCCGCUCUGAACCAGACAAAGGUGUGUUAACAUUUCCGGACGAAACGCUGGCAACUACGAAGGUUCUUCAGAUGACGAGAAAAAUGAAGAGCAAACGUAUGGGUUCGACUGUGUCGACCCCUGCGGGUUCGGUGCUGAAAGGCGACAUGGUGUUAUCGAAACCGAGCAUUGAAACGAGUAGUUCUGUGGGUGGAGGCUCGAAAGUGCUUCCAAUGAAGAGAUCGGACAUCAAGACAGAAGGAAAGACAUCUGUUAUGUCUCAAAAAGAUCAGAAAACUUCCGUCUCUUCGUCGAUGGAGAGACAAGCUACUCAAGGGGCAAAAGUUACUUGGAUGGAUUUCAUGAGCGGCUCCAUUCUCGUAGAAUGUCAGCUCCGAUUCGAAGUCAACUUUCACUGGGAUAUUUUUGACAUUAUCCACGAGGCGGAAUUAAUGGAACUAUUAGGCUUCGAAUUGACCCCCAUAGUGAAAGAGGCAGGUAUACAAAAGGAUCGAUUGAGGACCGAUAUCGAAGCGACAGAGAGAGUCAUUAAUCAGUACAAUCAAGCAUUAGAAAAAAUGGACAGGGCCGAUAUAAUGCUUCUAAAGAGAACUCUGUCAAAUAUCGAAAAGAAUAUUCAGCCUGGACUAUCGCGUUUCACUUGGAACUCGUUAAAUAUACAAGAUUACACGAACAGUUGUGAGAAGUUGUUGAAAGAUCUAGUUUCGAUCGUCGACCAAGUAAAUCUCAUGAAGAAAGAUAUGGAUAAUAGAAUUGAUACUGAACUUCGAACUUAUAAUUUGUUCACGCUUCCUCCUGAAUUGUACGACAGCGAAUUAUUGCCUUGCAAGACGUAUUUUGACGAGAUACAAAAUCGAAGAACAGAGCUCCUCAUCGCGAUGACAAAAGCUUAUCACUCCAUGAGUCCAACAUUGAUCAAAUUAGAAAAUCUAGUGCUAGGGACGUCGACGGGAAAGAGCCCUGCCAUGCAACUUUAUUAUGAAAAAUACGAGAAGAAGAUAUUCUCCUCGUUCAUAGUAUGUAUGACGAUGAACCUGGUGUGUUUUAACAAGUUAUUGAUGUCCUCUAACAUACUGUUCCAAGUGGACGCUGUGCUAAUAUCUUCAGAGGUCGUGCUACGACCAUCUCCUGGAGACAUGUACAACAUCAUUCUUCAGAACGUGAAAAACUUAUUGGAAUCGUUGAAACUAUUCCCUAGAUGGAUGAAUGGUACCUGUCUGGAAAACACACCGCAGAAACGAGACGAUUCUGAACAGUUGACUACCAUCACUUUCUUCGAGGAUGUGAUGAGUAUUCAAGUAGUGAAUGAUAAUAUACUAAUAGUUCAAGGGUCAGCGCAUAGACUAGCUCUGGAAUGUUGGCACUAUCUAAUGAGAUGGAAAAAAUAUAGUAAUCUAUGGACGUUCGAUAAAAACCUGGCCGCGAAGAAGUUUGCUGCCACAGAGCCAACUCUUUUUCAAUACAACGAGAAGUUCACUUUCUACGACAGCAUUCUUGACGAGGUGAAGGAGAUGGAACCUCACCACGAUCUAUACAGCAUACGGCUUAACCUGAACCCCUUAUUAACGGGGAUGAAGCAACACGCGAACGAGUGGAAGCAAGUACUCGGCAACUUUCUAUUGGAAGAAACUGUCAGAGGAAUGACUGAUUUGCAAAAUAUCAUAGAAAACUUCCGCAGCGAAGUGGAGAUCGUAAUAACAGGUUUAGACCGCUUUACAUCAGUCAUGCAAGCGAUUUCUGAUAUAAAGAAAAGUGCGAUUCGAGCUGAAGUUCGUAUAAACACGUAUCAGGAGACCUUUCGGAUCUUUCGCGUUCAUAAUAUACCGUUUCCGGAGAAGGACGAGCAACUGGCUUACAAUUUACAACGCGAUUGGGAAUCCCUCUAUUUGGGUGCUUUGUAUAGAGCUUCCACCCUAGAAAGCACUUGUGAUAGAUUUUCGGAGAUGACUCAGCAGCAGAUAGAUCAAUUCCUGGAAGAGUUAGUGGAAUUUGCGAGGGACUUCGAGGAGAAUGGUCCUGGCAGUGUCGGAGAGGAUCUUGAACUUGGGUUGAGCAAAAUGAUCGACUACGGUGCAGCGAUAAUGAAAUUGGAAGAAAAACGUCAGAGCAUGAUCAAUUCAGAAUUGCUAUUCGAUCUUCCAGCGACCGACUACUCGAGUUUCUUGAAAGUGAAGAAAGAUUACGAAGGAAUGGAAUUGCUAUACGAUUUGUACAAACAGCAGAAAAGUAUGAGAGACAUAUGGGCUCAAACGCUGUGGGUGAACUUGAAUCCUCAACAGCUGAUCGAUGGUAUGGAUCACUUCAUCAGGGAAUUUCGGAGAUUGCCGAAAUUUGUGAGGGAACUCAACAUUGCGCCUGCUGUGGACUUGAACAUGAAGAGUUUCAAGAAUUCUGUGCCGUUGUUUAUCGAACUGAAAAACGAAGCCAUGAGAGAAAGACACUGGAAAGAAUUGAUGAAAAAGACUGGACAGUAUUUCGAUAUGGACCCAGACAGAUUCACCCUAGAGAAUAUGUUCGCGAUGGAGCUAGGAAAAUAUCAAGAAAUUGCCAAGGAGAUUGUAAUGAACGCCGUGAAGGAACUUGCUAUAGAAAGAGGAUUGAGGGAAUUAGCUGAAGUGUGGAAAAACUUGGAGUUCACAGUCGUAAAAUAUAUCAAAGGUACGGAAGAUCGUGGUUUCAUCCUCGGACCAGUGGACGAAUUAAAUCAAGUUCUAGAAGACAACAUGAUGAACGUGAACGGAAUGGCAGCAUCUCAGUUUAUCGGGCCUUUUUUGGCCACCGUACAGAAAUGGGAGUACACGAUGCACACCAUCGCUGAGAUUCUAGAAUUGUGGAUGCAGCUUCAAAAGAAAUGGCUGUACCUUGAAGGCAUCUUCGUCGGUGGUGACAUAAGACUGCAGCUACCAGACGAAGCAAAGAAAUUCGAUGACAUAGACAAGACGUUCAAGAAAGUCAUGAUCGACACAUCGAAAAGGUUGAAUGUCCUCGAAUGUUGCAUGAUCAAAGGACGAAAGGAGGAAUUCGAGGCAAUGAUAAAUAGUCUAGAUAGAUGCCAAAAGUCUCUGACAGACUAUCUGAACAGCAAACGUGCAGUUUUCCCAAGAUUCACGUUCCUGAGCGACGAUGAACUAUUAACUAUUCUCGGCAGCGGCGCGGCAACCGCCAUUCAAGAACACGUGGGCAAAAUGUUCGAUAAUCUCGACAAAUUUCGAUUCGAUCAGAGUGACAGUGAUCGAGUGGUGACUACUGCGUUGAUUUCUUGCGAAGGAGAAGUGAUGGACUUUCGAAACAUGGUUUUUGCCGAAGGGAAAAUCGAGGAGUGGAUGGUGGUUGCUUUAGAGGAGAUGAAGAAGUCCAAUAGAUAUUUGACUAAGAAGGCUGUCUACAAUUAUGGAAAGAUAAGGAAGCCGAGAACGGAAUGGAUGCUAGACUUUCAAGGGAUGAUGGUCCUCGCUGCUGAUCAAAUAUGGUGGACGGCGGAGGUGGAAAAUGUUUUUGAUAAAAUUUCAAAGGGACAAAUGCGUGCAAUGAAAGAGUACCUGACACAACUCAACAACCAGUUAAACGAAGUAGUGACACUGAUGGGUGGCGAGACACUGACGAACAACGACAGAAAGAAAUUCGACAUGGUGUUGACCCUCGAUGUCCACAUGCGAGACAUCAUCGAAGGCUUCGUCAGAGACAGCAUCAUGGACCCUGCUGAAUUCGAGUGGGAAAGUCAAUUAAGGUUCUAUUGGGUUCAUGACCUGGACAAUGUCUGGAUACACCAGUGCACGGGCACUUUCGAAUACGGUUACGAGUACAUGGGUCUUAAUGGCAGACUCGUUGUUACUCCUCUAACAGAUAGAAUAUACCUGACGAUUACACAAGCCUUGUCGAUGCAACUGGGAGGUGCCCCUGCAGGACCAGCUGGUACAGGAAAAACAGAGACCACGAAAGACUUGGCAAAGGCGCUAGGAUUAUUGUGCAUCGUCACAAAUUGUGGCGAAGGGAUGGAUUAUGUGGCUAUAGGCAAAACACUGAGUGGUCUGGCACAGUGUGGAGCAUGGGGCUGCUUCGACGAGUUCAAUCGUAUCGAUAUCUCUGUGCUUUCAGUCAUCUCCACGCAGUUGCAAACCAUACGAUCGGCUUUGAUAGCAAAUGCAAGCAGAUUCAUGUUCGAGGGACAAGAUAUCGUGCUCGACACGAAAGUGGGUAUAUUCAUCACGAUGAACCCGGGAUACGCCGGCCGAACAGAACUUCCGGAGUCCGUGAAGGCGCUCUUCAGACCCGUUGUAUGCAUAGUUCCCGACAACGAGCUGAUUUGUCAGAUAAAGUUGUUCAGUUCCGGCUUCUUGACUGCCAAAGUUCUAGCCAAGAAAAUGACCGUCUUAUACAAAUUGGCCCGCGAGCAACUGAGCAAGCAGAAUCACUACGACUUCGGUCUCAGGGCACUCAAAUCUGUCCUCAAUAUGGCUGGACAAUUGAAGAGAACUUCCGGUGAUCUGCCGGAGAAUGUCGUGCUUAUGAGAGCUCUGAGAGACAUGAAUUUACCGAAAUUCAUUUUUGACGAUGUGCCUUUGUUUCUGGGAUUGAUCGCUGACCUCUUCCCUGACCUCGACUGCCCUAGGGUUCAUUAUCCAGACUUUAACGAAGCUGUUAAUUUGGUGCUGGAGCAACAGGGAUACAGUAUACUCCCUAUACAGGUGGACAAGGUUGUCCAACUAUACGAAGUGAUGAUGACCAGACACUCGACAAUGGUGGUUGGUCCAACAGGAGGUGGAAAGACAGUGGUGAUCGAAACCCUUUGCAAAGCUCAAACUUAUCUAGACAGACCGACCAAGCUAUACACCCUAAAUCCGAAGGCAUGCACUGUGAAUGAGCUGUAUGGUGUGUUAGAUCCAGCGACACGAGACUGGACAGACGGGCUUUUGAGUAAAAUUUUUCGAGAAGUUAAUAGACCAUUGGAAACUGAUAAAGAUGAACGGAGAUAUAUUUUAUUUGACGGUGAUGUGGACGCUUUGUGGAUAGAGAACAUGAAUUCUGUGAUGGAUGAUAACAAGCUGCUGACUCUGGCGAAUCAGGAAAGGAUCAAGAUGCAGAAUCAUUGCAGUCUCUUGUUCGAGGUAGGGGACCUGCAGUACGCCUCGCCAGCCACAGUGUCCCGAGCCGGAAUGGUGUACGUGGAUCCAAAGAACCUGGGUUAUCAGCCGUACAUGGACAAAUGGAUACGAAGCAAAAACGAAUCGGAUGUUGAAUUCUUAACCGGAAUGUGCGAGAAAUACGUUCAUGGAUCGAUCAGUCUCAUUAUAGAAGGAAUGCUUGGCCUGCAGGCGGUUACGCCGCUUAAGAUGAUCAUACCGCAAACCGGCUUGAACAUGGUGAUUCAACUUUGUUACGCGUUGGACGGUCUUCUUUCGAUUUUCAACGAAAAACCGGCUCUUGCGGCUCCUAAACCCGACGAAGACGAAAGCGUGGUGGCGGCAGAGCCAACGUACACCGUGCAGGAAGUUAUCGAAGCGAUGUACCUCCAAGCGCUUUAUUGGUCGUUGGGGGCAUCUUUGGUCGUCGAUGAAAGACCACGUUUCGACGAAUACGUGAAAAAGACUGCAGGUUUUAUGCUGGUUCAAGAUACUGACGAUAAACCAGCAACCGUACGAUACAUCCCGGUGACGGAGAAAACACUGUACGAAUACUACUUGGAUGUUAAAAAAAACAUAUGGGUGUCAUGGCGCUCCUUGGUCCCAGAAUACGUGCACGACAGAGCAAAACAUUUUUCAGAAAUUUUAGUUCCAACUAUUGAUACUGCGAGAACCAUGUGGUUCGUUCAACUGAUGAGUGAUCUAGAUCGACCUGCUCUUUUGGUCGGUGAAACUGGUACAUCGAAAACUGCCAUAAUCAAUGAAUUCCUGCGAAAUCUGAGCGCAGAGAAAUAUAACCAGCUUCUGAUCAAUUUCUCCUCGAGAACGACUUCGAUGGACGUGCAGAGGAAUAUAGAGUCAGUCGUAGAAAAACGAACGAGAGAAACUUAUGGGCCACCGCCAGGCAAAAAGUUGUUGCUUUUCAUCGACGACAUGAACAUGCCGCUGGUGGACACUUAUGGCACUCAGCAACCUAUAGCUUUGCUGAAAUUCUUGUUCGAGAAAGGAGGAUUCUAUAGUCGAGAUAAGGAUCUUUCGUUGAAGUACAUGAAGGAUAUGUGUUAUUUAGCAGCAAUGGGGAAACCUGGUGGUGGUCGAAACGAAGUAGACCCCAGAUUCAUCUCCAUGUUCUCCGUGUACAACGUUACAUUUCCAUCCGACGAAACUUUGAACUACAUUUACCACAGCAUACUAGCUGGACAUUUGGAAAUAUUUGCAGAAGAAGUCCAAGCAAUCGCUGGUGACCUGGUGCAAAUUACAUUGGAUCUCUACCAGAUCGUUACCAAAGAACUACUCCCAACACCGAACAAAUUCCACUACAUCUUCAACAUGCGAGACCUUUCGAGGAUCACGGCGGGUCUUCUUCAGAGCCACCCAGAUUAUCUGCCAACGGUGAAACAGAUCAUCAGAGUUUGGAGGAACGAGUUCACCAGGGUCAUAUCCGAUCGUCUGAUCAACAAAGAAGACGCGGAUAUAGUGAAUGGACACAUUAAACACAGGAUCGAAGAACGAUGGGAAGAGGACCCUGAUACAAUCGCGUAUGCUAUGAGAGAUCCUUUAUUGUUUGGUGACUUCAGAAAUGCGAUUAACGAAGACGAACCACGAUUUUACGAAGAUCUAUUAGACUAUGAGGCUGUGUACAGUUUGUUUUUGGAGAUUUUCGAGGAGUACAACGAGAGAAACGUGACAAAGCUGCACAUGGUGCUUUUCAACGACGCCCUCGAGCACUUAACCAGAGUGCACCGUGCUCUCAGGAUGCAUCGAGGCCACGUUUUGGUGAUAGGUAUCGGGGGAAGCGGAAAAAAGUCGGUGAUAAAUCUGGCAGCGUUCGCGGCAGGUUUUCGAACCUUCGAGAUCGGUUUAACGCGCGGUUAUAACGAGGCCUCGUUCCGCGAAGACAUGAAGCAUCUUUACAACACGGUCGGUGUCGAUAAUCGCAAGAUAGUGUUCGUUUUCACGUCGUCGCACAUCGUGGACGAGAGCUUCCUGGAGCUGGUGAACAACAUGUUGAUGACUGGAGUGGUACCGUCCCUCUUCAGCGACGAGGAGAAAGACGAAAUUGUUAAUUCCUGUAGGGAAGCGUCUGUUCAGGCUGGAUUUGGAGUUACGAAGGAAAAUGUAUGGUCGUAUUUUGUGAAGACGAGUUUAGAGAACCUGCGAAUCGCGUUGUGUAUGAGUCCCUCUGGAGACGCGCUUAGGACAAGAUGUCGUAACUAUCCUGGUUUGGUGAACAGUACCACCAUAGACUGGAUGUUCCCGUGGCCCGAACAGGCUCUGGUUGCCGUCGCGAACGUCACCCUCAGAGACAAUCCGAAUGUAUCUCAGAACCACAGGGAAGAGCUGGUGCAACACAUGGUGUACGUUCACAAGACCGUCUGCGACUACACCAUCGAUUUUCAGACGAAGUUACGAAGAAGGAACUACGUGACACCGAAACAUUACCUGGACUUCAUCGACACAUACCUGAACUUGUUGGUAGAAACGAAGGAUUAUAUAAAUUCGCAGUGUGAUCGUCUUUCUGGAGGUAUACAGAAAAUUGCGGAGGCGUCGGUGACGCUGAACGAACUGAACGAGAUUUUGGCGGUGCAAAGGGUAAAGGUGGCGGAUCAGACAAGAAAUUGCGAACAGCUGCUGACUUCCAUCGGUGAAAGCACCGAUAUUGCGAUGGAGAAGAAGCAGAUGAGCGAGGAGAAGAGUAAGGAGAUAGAGGAUCAACAAAAAAUUAUUACUAAAGAAGAGACCGAAGCCAAACAGGCGUUGGCAGAAGCACAACCGGCUCUCGAUGCUGCUAGAGCGGCUCUGAGUGAAUUGGACAAAGCUGACAUUACUGAAAUAAGAUCAUUCGCAACUCCUCCUGAGCCGGUGCAAAUAGUCUCGGAGUGUGUAGCGAUGCUACGAGGAGUGAAGGACAUUUCUUGGAAAGGUGCGAAAGGAAUGAUGAGCGACCCAGCAUUCCUAAGAUUACUUCAAGAAAUGAACUGCGAUAAGAUCACUCUUAAGCAACAACAGGCGGUUAAGGCUCACCUAAAGAAGAGCAACAAGUUAGAUCAAAUGGAAAUGAUCAGUAAGGCUGGAUUCGGAUUAUACAAGUUCGUGCUUGCUGUUCUCGAUUACUGUGCCGUGUACAGAGAGGUGAAACCUAAAAUAGAGCGAGUGAGAGCAUUGGAAGCAGAAUCGGAACGAGCUCGAAAAGCCUUGGAAAGAGAAGAGCGAGAAUUGAAGAAGCUCGAGAAAGCCAUAGCAGAGUUGAAUGCAAAAUACGAGAAAGCAAUGGAGGAACGUCAGAAACUACAAGAAGAGACGGACAUUCUGCAAAGACGAUUGGUAGCCGCCGAUAAAUUAAUCAAUGGACUGUCAUCGGAAAAUGAACGCUGGAAAAAGGAAUUGGAAAAUUUGCACGGACAAACUGAGAAGAUCAUUGGCGAUUGUCUCAUCUCGGCUGGAUUCCUUGCUUAUUGCGGUCCGUUCUCUUACGAAUAUCGGAAUCAAAUGAUAUACGAGGAUUGGAAGAACAGCGUGAUCGAAAGGAAGAUUCCCUUUACGGAGAAUUUUAGAAUCGAGAGUCAAUUGAGCAGCGACGUCCAAAUCAGCACUUGGACCUCUGAAGGUUUACCUCCAGACGAAUUGUCAGUGCAGAAUGGUAUCCUCACUACGAGAGCAUCAAGAUUUCCUGUAUGUAUCGAUCCACAACAACAAGCUCUGAAUUGGAUAAAAAAGAAGGAACAAAAGAAGAACCUGAAGGUUUUAUCCUUUAUAGACACUGACUUUCUAAGACAAGUAGAAUUAGCAAUAAAGUAUGGUCUGCCAGUGCUGUUUCAAGACGUCGAUGAAGUUGAUCCUGUUUUAGAUAAUGUUUUAUCGAAGAACAUUCAAGUUGCUGGAGGUAGAAUGUUUGUUCUUCUCGGUGACAAGGAAGUAGAUUACGACCCGAAGUUUCGGAUGUAUCUAACUACCAAGAUGUCUAAUCCCAUGUUUGAUCCCGCCUUAUAUGCUAAGGCUACGGUGAUCAAUUAUAUGGUGACCAUAGGGGGUCUGGAAGACCAACUGCUAUCGGUAGUGGUGCGAACAGAGAGGCCAGACAUCGAAGAGCAGCGUGAAACGUUGAUCCUGGAAACAAGCGAGAAUAAGAACCUUCUUCAACAACUGGAGGACAGCCUGUUACGCGAAAUUGCCUCGAACAAAGGCAACAUGUUGGACAACAUCGAGCUAGUUGAAACUCUGGAGGAGACAAAAUCGAGUGCCCACGAGGUGAUGACAAAAUUGUACCUAGGUGAGGUCACUGCCGCAGAUGUGAACAAGCUUCGAGACGGUUAUCGACCAGUGGCGAAACGAGGAGCAAUAUUGUUCUUCGUGUUAGCGGACAUGGCGAUAGUCAACUCGAUGUAUCAGUACUCGUUGAUCAGCUACGUCGAGGUGUUCAUUUAUUCCCUGAAGAAAGCGUUGCCUGACCCUGCUCUUCAGCAGCGUCUCAAGAAUAUCAUUCCUAUGCUGACCAAGAACGUUUACGAUUACGGUUGCACAGGGAUUUUUGAGAGACAUAAAUUGUUGUUCUCUUUUCAAAUUUGUGUGAAACUGGAGAAAGAUCUGGGACACGUCAGCCAACAGGAGCUGGACUUCUUUAUUAAAGGAAGUAUUGUCCUGGAGAAGUCGCCCAAAAUUAACCCUACUGAUUGGUUGCCUGCUACUGGCUGGACGGAUUUGCUCAAGCUGAGCACUGAUUUCCCUGACGUUUUUGACAAACUUCCUCAGGAGCUGCAGGAACAUCACGAAGAAUGGCGGAAGUGGUACGACUUGGAUUCUCCAGAGUCCGAACAAUUUCCCCUCGAAUAUUCUUCGAAAUUAAAACCCUUCGAGAAACUGAUGUUGAUACGAUGUUUCCGCAUCGAUCGCGUUUACCGAGGCAUCAUAAAUUACAUCAGCGAGAUCAUGGGAGAAGAAUUUAUCACUCCGCCACAUAUCAGCUUCGAAUUGAUUUUCGAACAAAGCACACCGACGAUGCCUGUCAUUUUCAUCCUGAGUCCCGGUUCAGAUCCAUCGUCAGAACUGAUGAAAUUGGCGGAUGCUUAUGGUUGCGGGGGAGGAAAAUUCAAAUACUUGUCCCUUGGGCAGGGUCAGGAAAAAACUGCAGUAGAGCUACUAGAAAUAGCCGUGAACAGAGGGCAAUGGUUAAUGUUCCAAAACUGUCACCUGCUUCUCAGUUUCACAAGAGAGCUAGAAAAAUUAUUGGAAAACGUAGAAAAACCUCAUCCCGAUUUCCGUCUCUGGUUAACCACCGAUCCAACGCCAAAUUUCCCAAUCGGAAUGUUGCAACAAUCCUUAAAAGUGGUCACAGAACCGCCGAGUGGAUUGAAAUUAAAUUUGGAGAACACCUAUCUGAAGAUGACUCCUCCAGUGAUUGAGAGCUGCGCACAUCCUGCCUAUAAGCACCUGAUUUAUGUGUUGGCAUUCUAUCAUGCCGUCGUUCAGGAGAGAAGAAGAUACGACAAAAUUGGGUGGAACAUUAAUUACGAUUUCAACGACUCUGAUUUUAACGUGUGCACUACUAUUUUGGAUACUUAUCUCUCUAAGGCGUUGGCUAUGAAAGACACUAGGAUUCCUUGGAAUAGUUUAAAGUAUUUAAUUGGAGAAGUGAUGUACGGAGGAAGAGUAAUAGACAGUUACGAUCGUCGAGUGUCCCAAACUUACAUGGACGAGUACUUCGGAGAUUUCCUGUUCGACAAAUUCCAACCUUUCCACUUCUACCACGACGAGCACGUGGACUACGUGAUACCACCGGAAGGAGAACACGAAGAUUACCUGAAGUUCAUCAAGGAACUACCUCUGGUGAACACUCCGGAGGUUUUUGGGCUGCAUCCAAACGCCGAAAUUGGCUACUUCACCCAGGCAGUGAAAGAAAUGUGGAGCAAUUUGAUAGAAUUGCAGCCACAGACUGAAACGUCCGGAGUUGGAAUAAGCAAAGACGAGUUCAUCGACAACAUAGCCAGUGAAAUAUUAACCAAAGUACCUGAAGAGUACGAUCUUAUCAGGAUACGGAAAAAUUACGGGGUUUCUGUGACUCCAACUACGAUUGUACUGCUUCAAGAGUUGGAGAGGUUCAACAGACUAAUUCGUACGAUGAAGAGAACCCUGUCUCAGCUAAGAAAGGCUAUCGCUGGAGAGAUCGGUAUGGAUGCGGUACUGGAGAACAUUUCUACGGCUCUGUACAAUGGUGUGUUGCCAAAGGAGUGGGCUAAAUUAGCACCAGAUACGAAGAAGACUCUUGCAGGUUGGAUGGAACAUUUUGAAAAGAGGAUACAACAAUAUAAUACCUGGUCAGGUACUAAUGAACCGAUAGUACUCUGGUUAGCUGGUCUACAUAUACCGGAAACGUAUUUGGCAGCCCUAGUACAGAUGUCCUGUCGCAGAAACAGUUGGGCCCUCGACCAUUCUCUUAUGUACACUGCGGUGUCAAGAUUUACUAUACCAGAAAAAGUGGAAGACAGACCUGACGAGGGUUGUUACGUGAGUGGUCUAUACCUAGAAGGUGCCAGGUGGGACGUAGAUGAGCAAUGUCUAAAAAAAUCGCACCCAAAGGUCCUAGUUGAACCAUUACCAGUACUCAUCAUCUUACCAGUCGAAGCUCACAGACUCAGACUACAGAACACUUUAAAAACACCGGUGUACACGACAUCGAAUCGGAGAAAUGCAAUGGGAGUCGGUUUAGUGUUCGAAGCGAACCUUGCCACGACGGAACAUGUUUCGCAUUGGGUCUUGCAAGGAGUCUGUUUAAUAUUAAACACGGAUUGAACGUAGGAUAAUGAAGUGCAUGAG